UAAACAAAUUUUAUUAUUGCAGCGUACGCGCGCGCGCAAACAACAAUGAUUUCAUGCGGAAAGAUUUUUCAUUUUAUGUAGAAACGAUUUCGUGUUCUUGUUUCUUCAAAAAAAAAACAUCGCUUCUACUGCUGCUGCAAACGUUUUCAUUUCAAGCGGAAUUGCUUUUGCCUUUGCUUCAGAUAAAACGAUUUUCGAUUACGAUUAAGUCUGCAAUUUAAUUUUUAUCUUGUGUAUGUGUGUGCUUAAAAGCCUUUUUUUGUACACACAUUUCGCGCGCAUAAAUAUGUAGACUCCGAAGAGAUCCGGCAUCUCUUUCCUUUGCAGGUCUAACUGUGGCAAGCAGCUGAAUCUUUCACGCGAUACUAAUUGUAAAUGCAAGCUUCUCCUUACUGAUGCACGUGAAAGCACGCUACAAAAACAUGAAAAACAAUGACGUAUAAUAAGUAAGGUGCGCAACUGGGAAUUUAAUUAUCAUUUUGGUCGAUGAGGAAAUUGUCAUUACCGUAAUUUAGUUUAUGACGGACACAGAACCUUAAUGGUAAUAGGACCUUACUAAAAAAAUUACGCGACAGUAAUUACUAUUACUUUGACAUCAUUAAAAAAGAGCGGGCUUAUUGAGAAAGUUAAGAACUCCCUUUUUCGCUCGAUCGUUACGAUAUUAUGUAUGUUUCCACUUUUCCAUGCUCACAGUGCUCGAUAAGAAGAAAAAGAAAUUGAUCGAAAUUAUAAGCAUGUGCUAAAAAUGUUGAUAUAAAUAUAAUGUGCACAUUUCUCUUCAAAAACAAAUAAUGGCAAAUGGAAUAGUGUUCAGCUUGAAAAAUAUUAUACUGCUGCUAAUGAUUUGGGUCCAUUACAGCAUAAUCUUUCUGUGGCGACCGUGCGCCUGGCGAACAGCAGCCCGGCCACCACAUUACGCGCCGCGAGCGCGGGCCUUAUCAUCCCCAUAUAAUGUCUCGCCGCCGCAUGUUGCAUCCGAUAAGACGUCUCUCGCGAGCAAUGCCUUCGCGCGGAGAGAUAUAAAAGGCCUAGCAACGAGGACGUUGAAGCGCAAAUUCAACAGAAGGAAAGCAUCAAGCCAACAUUUGUCGCGGUUCACGCUUGCAGCGGGAAUAAGGCCCACGGUCGCCAGACUUCCGUUCUUGCAGAAUGGUCCUGAUUUGCACAAAGAACGUUAUUAGCGGCAUCCUUCUAUUAAUUGAUUAAAGCUCAAGGCAUGGCAGCGCUCUAAUGAAGGCCGUUGAGAAUGCAUUUUGCACCGGCAAAGCUCUUUUGCAAAUGUUUACAUUAUCGACAGAACGGUGCCAGGUAAGCGACAUGAAUAAUUUAUUUUAUAACCAACGGGCGAUUCAAAGCAAGACUUGUAAAUGCAAAUGCCUCAUAAAAGGAAGACGAAGCUUAAAUGGCAUUGAGGCAAGCGAGAUUGAUCGUAAAAACUAAAUCGAUAGAUUGUUCUACGUUGGAUUAUCCCAUGCCAAGUUGGUCUCUUCUCUCGCAUCGAUUCAAAGGAACGGACCAAAUUGAAUAUCGGCUGUGCAGGGGACUAUGAAGCGAUUCUUACUUAAUUCGAAGCCUUUUUCAAUCUAAAUAUUAAUUGAUAACAUACUCAAUAGUUAUUGUUGUACUUGUUGUUUUAUUUCGCCCCCUUCUUUUGCUCAAGGUCUAAAUCAAUUGCGAUGCAUCACAAAAUUCGAGAUCUUCUUCUUAAAUAUAUGUUAAAUUACGCAAUUUAAACAAAAUAACGUAUUCUUGACAGAAUUAUACCUUAUGACUUAAGAACAUUGUUUUCUCGUAUUUUUAUGUUUCUUUUCUUUCUUAUUUUCCUUCUCUUCUUCCUCAAUUUCUCGCAAAUAUUAUCUGAACAUAUAA